AUGGCAGCGCCUGGAUCGGCUGCGGCUGCAUUAGCUCUCAAAGCGACUGGCCUGGGCUUCUCCAAGCAGAGCGGAGAGGAUGAUCCGGCUGAUGGAGAGCAGGGCGACCCUGGCCAGGUGGAGGCAGCUGUGCAGCAAGUCAUUGGCCAAGUCCAGGCUCAGGUAAGGGGGUCCGGGCAGAGAGAAGGGAUUCGAGGGUGCUGCGAGGCAGGACGGCUGACCAGCCCCCGGGUGUUCGGGGCUGGCAGUGAGCCUCCUGUCCUGGCAGCCUCUCCGUUGCCCUCAGCUCUCUCGCUGGAGCAGGCCCAGGUCUUGCAAGCCAUGGUGGAUCCCUGCGCCCGAUUCUUUGAGGAAGUCAACGAUGCGGCUGCGAAUGAAGCGCUGGGCAGCAUCGAAGAGGACACCGUGGCAGGCCUCAAGUCGAUGGGCUGCUUUGGGCUGCAGGUGCCCGAGGAUCUGGGGGGCAUCGGGCUGACCAACACCCAGUACGCUCGCAUGGUGGAAGUGGUUGGGAUGCAUGAUCUCGGCGUAGGCAUCACCCUUGGUGCCCACCAGUCUAUUGGCUUCAAGGGCAUCCUUCUCUUUGGAAACAAGAGCCAAAAGGAAAAAUACCUCCCCAGGCUGGCAUCUGGCGAGGUGUGUGCGGCCUUCUGCCUGACCGAACCGUCGAGCGGCUCAGAUGCAGCCUCCAUCCAGACGGUGGCUGAGCUCAGCCCCUGCGGGGGCUUCUACACUCUCAAUGGGAGCAAGAUCUGGAUUAGCAAUGGGGGCACGGCCGAGAUUUUCACAGUGUUUGCCAAGACUCGCAUGAAAAAUGUCACCACGGGGGAGGAAAGGGACAAGAUCUCGGCCUUCAUUGUGGAGCGAGCCUUUGGGGGGGUGAGCAGCGGCCCUCCGGAGCAGAAGAUGGGCAUCAAGUGCUCCAACACGGCUGAGGUGCACUUUGAGGAGGUGAAGGUGCCCGUGGAGAACCUCCUGGGGGGGCUCGGCAAAGGCUUCCAGGUGGCCAUGCACAUCCUCAACAACGGCCGCUUCGGCAUGGCUUCAGCACUGGCCGGCACCAUGCGCGGAGUCCUCCUCAAGGCGGUGAACCACGCGGCAGACCGGCAGCAGUUUGGAAAACCCAUCAGCCGCUUUGGGGUCAUUCAGGAGAAACUCGCACACAUGGCCAUGUUGCUCUAUGUGACUGAAGCCAUGGCCUACGUGCUGAGUGCCAACAUGGACAUGAAGGUGCCCGACUACAAGCUGGAGGCGGCCAUCAGCAAGAUCUUUGCCUCCGAGGCAGCCUGGACUGUGACCGACGAAGGCAUCCAGAUCCUGGGUGGGAUGGGGUACAUGAAGGAGGCCGGCGUGGAGAAAGUCAUGCGUGACCUGAGGAUCUUUCGCAUUUUUGAGGGCACCAACGACAUUCUCCGCUUGUUCGUGGCUCUGUCAGGCAUGGAGUAUGCUGGGCAGACCCUGAGCGGCCUGCGCAAGGACCUCUCCAACCCCCUGGAGCACAUGGGAUCCAUCUACAAGGAGGUGGUGAUACGAGCGAAACGCAAAGUUGGGGUCCCCACUGGGCAGACACUGCAGGGUCUCGUCCACCCAGAACUGGAAGACUGCGCUGCUCUGGUGACCAGAGCCGUGGAGCUGUUUGGAGAGACCAUCGAGAGUCUGCUCCUGAAGUACGGUGCAGCAGUGACAGACAAGCAGUUCCACCUGAGGCGCGUGGCAGAUGCUGCCAUAGACACCUAUGCCAUGGCCGUGGCUGUAUCCAGGGCCAGCCGGGCCCUCUCCCUGGGCCAGCCCACCGCUCAGCACGAGAAGCUUUUGUGCCAGACGUGGUGCCAGCAGGCCUUCCAGCGAGUGGGGGCAUCUCUGCAGGAAGCCAAAUCUGCCAGCUGGGAAGAAGUCUUCAGCAGCAUGAAGCUGAUCUCAGACGCCUUGGUGCAGCACAGGAGCACCAUGGCUUCCCAUCCCCUGGGCUUUUAA